AAAAUGAAGUUACUCCAAAAUCAAUUAAAAGGAAAAGAAUCCAUAAGGCAAAUUAGGCCAUAAAUCAGCCCGACAUAAGCGGAUUCGACAUUCGAGACUCCAGUGGACCAAAGGGAGCAAAAGGGGAAAAAGGCAAAAAGGGAAAGAGAAAUAUACGCUGUAAGAUAAACACAGUAACACCGGAGGAGAUCCGGUGGUUAGAGAGAGAAAAUCGGGCUCCCGUUUAUUCCUUGGAUUUGGUAACGGUGUAGCUGAAGGCGGUGCUUGGGUCAUUUCUUGUUAGGAGAUCAGACUAUUCAGAUCGAGGAACAAAAAGGAGGAAAAACAAUGGGAAGGGAUGUUACAAGCUUACACAUUGAUAAAAAGGCAAGUGAAAACCCCAAUGAUAGCACUCAAUCUGCAGUUCGUGUGGCUCCAAAAGCCUCACCUGAAAAAACCGGGAAUGCCGAGCUUUCUGAUGAAGUCAAUGAGGGACAGGAUGUGCUGGCAGUGAAAAGUACCAACUGUGAGCUCAAGGAGAAGGUCAUUAAAGCUGAGGUACACAGUUCUGCUGAUAAAAUGAUGAGCACGCCAGCAAAUCUUGAAUCCGGGUCUGCUGAAAAUGGGACAAUUCAAGAGGAUCAUGCAAAUGGGACCGAAGACAAUGGAUCCGGUUUAAAAGUUUUGUCCAAAUCUAGUGAUUUGGAUUCCCCCAAAUCAGGGAAGAAAUCCCAAUCGAACACAAAUUUAAUGUCAAGGAAGCAGCUUUAUGACGAAGAAGACAAUUGGUCAUUGGCUUCCUCGUAUCCUAUUACUGCAACUUCUGUACGGACCAAAAUUACUGUUCCGGUUGCUCCAAGAUUCAGCUGUGUGAACCGUUUGGAGAGACGCAAAGAGUUUUAUACAAAGUUGGAAGAAAAGCACAAAGCAUUGGAGAAAGAAAAAAUCGAAUAUGAAGCAAGAAUCAAGGAAGAAGAACAAGCAGCAAUAAAACAGCUGAGAAAGAACAUGGUGGUCAAAGCAAAUCCUGUUCCCAGCUUUUAUCGUGAAGGGCCUCCACCAAAAGUCGAGCUUAAAAAGUUGCCAGUAACCCGCGCCAAAUCCCCAAAUUUGACGAGGAGAAAGAGCUGUGGUGAUGUAGUGAAAUCGUCUCCAGAGGACAAGGCAACAAUCCGUGGACGGGCCACCCGUCACAGUGUGGGCCCAGGCCCAUGCAAGGAAGGCAAAGCCUCUCCCAUUCUUAAAAAGGCUUCUCCCAUCACUCCCAAGAGCAAGGACCGUGCAAACGGGCCUAAGAAAGUCAAGAAUCAACUACCCAAUAAAGAAACAUCAGCCGAGAAUUCUCUUGUGAGGGAGCCCGAAAAUGGAGAUAUUCCUACUGUUGAGUCUUGAAAUUGAAUGUCUUUUGCUAGUCGUAUCUGUUAAUAGUUUCUCUGCCUUUUAGCGUGAAAAAAGAACCUGGGGUGUUUCUUUUAUGAUUGAUGAGAACAAAAAAAAAAGAUGUUUCUUUAUCUUAUGAAGGGGCAACUUUUUCGCCCGAAGGUAAUGACUGAAUUUCUGCCGAGUACAUAGCUUGUGUAAUUUUUUUUUCAAUGGCUUUUGUGUACUGUUUCGAUAUGAAACUACCGUGAACGCGUUUUUCUGUGGAAAAUGAAUUUGCCAGACUGCAAUUUCUGGUUGUUUUCGGCUUUCCAUUAGGUAUUGUGCGACUCUAUGUUCUGCUGGAUGAAAUUUUUGGCAGUAAUGUCUUGUAUCUUGAAGAAAUGACAUCAGAAAAAAAAAAAAAGAA